CACCCAACUCGUUCGCUCCUCCUUCACCGAACCGCUUCCCGAGCUUAACGACGCACCGCCCAGAACUUCCUUCGCACGCAUUCUCAACUCAAUUAAAUGUCUCCCAUAAUAGCGCUCGCAGCCACGCCGGGAUUGGACGACCUGAAGACACCGUUUUUUCUCGAAAGGCAUCUACAAGAGCUUCUCAGUUCGAUUCAGAAGUCUACUCUCGACCCGCCCCUCACUGUGUCCGACCUCGACCCCGAAAUACUCAAGCGCAUCAAGUCCACCACCGCCGCCGAUGACUACUACAAGACGUCACUAGAAACAGCGCACAAGGCAAUCCUCUAUGAUAUAUCUGUUUCACAAGAUCCAGACGACGAUGCGACGAUAGUUGCCUACGGGAAUCUCGUCGAUUGCGCCUUAAUCUUUACCGAAUUGGAGAUGGCAGACUCCAACAUGCCAUUUACACUGCUCGAAGAACUGUUCGAUACUCAGAUCAUUCCGACUUGCGAACGACUAUUCAACUACCUCGAGUCCCGGGUGGAGCGACUAACUGUGGGUAUGGAGAGCGGGAAAGGAAAGGCUCUCAUACUACUUCGAUUAUGCAACGAGCUACUCCGUCGACUAUCGAAGGCUGAAGACACCAUUUUCUGCGGCCGAAUAUUGAUAUUCCUGAGCAAGAGUUUCCCCAUCGCCGAGCGAUCGGCUGUGAACCUGAGAGGUGAUUUCAACACCAACAACGUCACUAUCUUCGACACGUUGCCAGAGCAGGAUGAAGACUCGAUGGAGAUUGAUGUCAAUGCUUUCGCCGAGAAUGAAGCAACGACGAAAGAAGGCGGCAAAGCCGUCAGUUUCAAUUCGCAGAUCAACUCGCAGAAACCACGACCGGAACCACAGAUGAGCAUGGAUAAGCUAUACACGGUGUUUUGGUCCAUGCAGCAUGAUUUUGCGGAUCCAACACGGUUAUUCGUACCCGAGAAUUUCGAACGUUUCAAGAAGGGCCUGGAAGCUACCAUGGCGAAAUUUAGAGAGGCGGAUGAUGAGAGCCUUAAGACGACGGGUGUCGCAAACAACGGUGGCAGUAGCGCACCUGGAAAGAAGCCCGACGCUAAGCCGGUACCAGCAGUCCAUGCAGGUACGAAGCGGAAGCGAGACCACGACGCCGACGAAGUCAAAGGCGGGGGGUUCAACCCCAAGUACCUGACAAGCAGGGAACUAUUCGAAUUGGAAAUUAGCGAUUUGACCUUUCGCAGAAAUGUCCUGGUGCAAGCAAUGAUCUUGCUUGACUUCUUGCUGAGCUUGACGCCAGCGGCCAAGGGGAAAUGGGCAGUCUUUAAGACACCCAACAGGGCGGUUCAGUAUGCAUUUAGCCUUGAGGCCAACGACGAGACGUGGUGUCAAAAGACACGGAACCAGAUCUCAGCCAGCCUGCAGCCGGAUCAGACGGGCAAGUUGUUCAUGAGACUGAUCAACACCGUCCUCGCCCGUGAGCAGAACUGGGUGUUCUGGAAGGCGGAGGGAUGUCACAAGUUUGACAUCCCUGCUUUGGGAGUGGAUGACGUCCUGGGUGCAAAGACCAGGGCAUCCACCCACUGCCGACCAGAACGCCCAUUUCCGUACACAAUGGGCACGCCCACUCUGAACCGGCUGUGGCAAGAUACGGGAAAGACCCUCCACCUCGAUGACUUGGAGGACGAGGAACGGCGGCGCGUUCCCACCUUCGAGUCCUUCCGGGUGGGGGUCGACAAAGACCUUGAGGACCUCAAGGACGCGAUGCUCCCGGCGGACAUCGAAGAAGGCCACAACAGCAUCCAGACUAAAACCUGGAAGGCUAUGCGGUUGGCCAGUCAUACCAGGUUUCCUCUAUUCAAUCGUUUCGACGAGAGGGUAGAGGAGACCCGGAAUGACCUUCAGAUGCUCGCCGAUGUCGAAGCAAAGGUCCUUGAGGAAGUCAAGGCACGCACGAGCCAGCAGCAGGCUCAGGCCCAGGUGCUGGGCGCGAAGACAUCCGUGUAGGAGGCGGAUGACUUCGGCGUCUAGGCCUGGCCUGGCCGGCGAGCUGGUACGUGUCCCGUAUCCUGGGUGUGGUGGUUGGGGUCUGGUUCCCGCCUCGUUGUUGGUCUGGCGGUUGGUCUGGUUUCCGGCGGUUGGUCUUUUUCCCGUCCGGUGGUUGUUCUGGUUCCCGUCUCGCGUUUCGUCUGGCGGUCGGUCUGGUUCCUGUCUGGUUCCGGUCUGGCGGUUGGUC